AUGCCAUCAAAGACACUCGCAGAUCUGCCCAAAGCCUUGCUCAAGGCACCUUCUCAAGAUAUACACAAAAAAUCACCUAGUACGGCCUCUCAGCCCACAACGUCUAAUGUUCAACAUGGUGCUCCAUUGACUCCAUCCAAAGAAAACCAGUCACCCGAAACUGUAGGCCAGGACAACAAUCCCUACCCUGUACUUGAGACUAGAGAACAACUUAUGAAGCCACAAGAGAUCCAGCAUAAGACAGUAGCUGCUAGUCCUGCCACCACUGGAAUUUCUGACAGUCAGUUUGAUUCUUCAGCUGCUCCAUCUAGUAUCAUCAUGACCUUGCUGGAGACUCCGCUGUCAUUAGAACCAAUGACUAAUGUAAAUGAGGAACCCGUUGGGGUCAGCAACACUAUGAUCAACAAAGUUGAAGGUUCUACUCCUUCCGAGGAUAUUACUAAUAUAAUUUCAAUGGUGCCUGAAACACUGUCCAAUCCUAUGGGAACACUGCCUGCAAGAUCCGAGACACAUUCACCUGGAGUCAAGGCAAUGCCUUCAGGGUUUGAGACACAGUCUGGUGGGUCCCGGGUAUUAUCCGUAGGACCUAAAAGCGGAACUUCUUCCGUUGAGCCAGACACAGUGUCUUUUGAGCCUAAAACACUUCCUGCCAUUAAUGAAACACUGUCUGUUGAGUCCCUAGUGCUGUCUUUGGGAAGAGAUAUUAUAUUUGAAAGACCUAUGACAUUGCCAGGCUUGCCAAAGGUUGAGGCACAGCCAGAGGGGUCUGUGGCAUUGACUGGUUUAUCUGAGACUGAGGUACUGACUGUUGGGCCUGAACCUGAGGCACUGUCAGGAGGAUCUGUGGCACUGACUGAUGGGCCUGCGGCUGCGAAAAUGACUGGUGGGUCUGAAACAGAGGCACUGACUGGUAUGACUGAAACAGAGGCUCUGAGUGGUGUGACUGAAACAGAGGCACUGAGUGGCGGGACUGAAACUGAGUCCCUGACUGAUGGACCUGUUGCUGAGGCACUGACUGGUGGGUCUGAAACAGAAGCACUGACUGGUGGGUCUGAAACUGAAACACUGACUGGUGGGUCUGAAACUGAGGCACUGGCUGGUGGGUCUGAAACUGAAACACUGGCUGGUGGGUCUGAAACAGAAGCACUGACUGGUGGGUCUGAAACAGAAGCACUGACUGGUGGGUCUGAAACAGAAACACUGACUGGUGGGUCUGAAACAGAAGCACUGACUGGUGGGUCUGAAACAGAAGCACUGACUGGUGGGUCUGAAACUGAAACACUGACUGGUGGGUCUGAAACAGAAGCACUGACUGGUGGGUCUGAAACUGAAGCACUGACUGGUGGGUCUGAAAAUGAAGCACUGACUGGUGGGUCUGAAACUGAAGCAUUGACUGGUGGGUCUGAAACUGAAGCACUGACUGGUGGGUCUGAAACAGAAGUACUGACUGGUGAGUCUGAAACUAAAACACUGACUGGUGGGUCUGAAACUGAAACACUGACUGAUGGGUCUGAAACUGAAACACUGACUGGUGGGUCUGAAACUGAAACACUGACUGGUGGGUCUGAAACUGAGGCACUGACUGGUGGGUCUGAAACUGAGGCACUGACUGGUGGGCCUGAGGCUAAGGUCUUGUCAGUGGGGCCUGAGGCUGAGACACAGUUUCAAGGACCUGUGAUUCAAGCACUUUCUGGUGCACCCGAGGCCAAAUCACCGACUGAUAGGCCUGAGACUGAGGCAUUGACUGGUGGGUUUGAAACUGAGGCACUGGCUGGUGGGUCUGAAACUAAGGCACUGAUUGGUGGGUCUGAAACUGAGGCACUGAUUGGUGGGUUUGAAACUAUGGCACUGAUUGGUGGGUCUGAAACUGAGGCACUGACUGGUGGGUCUGAAACUAUGGCACUGAUUGGUGGGUCUGAAACUGAGGCAUUAACUGGUAGGUCUGAAACUGAGAUCCGGACUUAUGUACCUGGGACCGAGGGACUGACUAGUGAGACUGAGUCUGUGACACGGUCACAAGGAUCAGUUGAUCAGGAACUUUCUGUUGGGUUUGGCAAUGAGGCACCGUCUGGUGUGUCUGAUAUCUCUGGUGGGCCUCAGGAGCUGUCCAUUCGUUCUGAGGUGAUCUCUGGUGGACCCUGGGUAAUGUCUGAGGCACUACCUGUUAGUCCAGAGACACAUCCUCUCGGAACAGAAGCAAUAUUUGAUGGGACUGACGCACCCUUUGUCUUCCCUGAGAUACUGUCUGAUGGGACUGAAAUGAUGUCUGUGGCAGUACAGUCACCAAAAGUGGGCUUGGACGACCAAACGGUGGGGUUCCAGCACCCCUACAUGCCAGACCUGUCACUGCUGUCACGGUUCCACCACGAGUACGAGACUGCAACACACGGGGUGGAUCACGUGCUGCCCUGGGACGCGGCGCACGCCCUGCUCCUGCACCAAGACCCUCAGCUGCCCCUGCACCUUCCCUAG